AUGCCUCUGUACGCGUACGCGAAGCGUCCGUACACCAACUUGAAGCCUUUGACGGACCGCAUCCAGUCGCCCUUCAUGGAGAUGGACGGGGUUCCAGGCUGCUUCCAGCCCGGGUUUUUACACUCGCCGGGAUCCAGGCGUUCGCAAAGCACAUCUAGCUUGGCGUCGUACGACGACCUGCUGUCCAUCCGCGAGUCGCUGUCGUCAUCGUCGGACGACUCCGACUCGCUGUCUUCAUUGUCUGGCGGUGCGAGCGACAUUCACGACGACGACCAAGACACAUCGGCUUUCUCGCUUCGCGCGCACAUCACCUCCGAGGUUAUCGAGGGACGUCUGGGCUUCAUUGCGAAGCUGAACGAGGGGCGGCACUCCAAGAAGCGUCCCUCCGAAUUCCCUAUGGACAAGGUGCUGCAGCCGUUUGACCCCUCGAAAUUCAACUUCACCAAGAUCGGCCAGAAUGAGAUGCUCUUCCGUUUUGAAGAAGGCGAGGAAGAGGAAAGCCGCUUCAAUGAAGAGGCGGUUGUGGAGGAGAGCCCCAGCAUCGUAGCCGUCAAUGUGUCCCCCAUUGACUACAGCCACGUGCUGCUGGUUCCUCGCAUCCUCGAUAGAAUUCCCCAACGUAUAGACGAGCCGAGUCUCCUCAUGGCUCUCCGGCUAGCCUCGGAAGUCAACGACCCUGCCUUUAGGAUCGGAUACAAUAGCCUCGGCGCAUUUGCAACAAUCAACCACCUGCACUUCCAAGCCUACUUUCUCGACAUGCCCUUUGCCAUUGAGCGUGCAUCUUCUAAGGAAGUUGCAGUUUCAACAAAUGGGUACAAGGUUGAAGAGUUGACUGAUUACCCCGUGAAAACGCUGGUUUUCCAGGCGGGUGCAUGCAUCGAGCAGAUGGCGUCAGCUGCUGCGGCGGCAUGCUGCGAGCUCCAGGAAAGGAAUAUUCCCUUCAACUUGUUUAUCGUUGACAAAGGCACCCGGCUGUUCCUCAUUCCACAGGUGCGUUUCUUCUCCUUGUUCAUCGUGGUGUCUUGUUAUAAGCUGGUCUAA